AUGAAUGGAGCAUUGGACAGGGUGCAAGGCACCGAGAAGAAAACAGUGAAGAUAUCACGCAGAGACACAGAGGACAUGCUGAAGAAGUUGGACGCCCUGGCAAAGAAAGAUGAUGCAAACCCUGAAAGUUCUGGUGAAGAGCCUGAAAAGAAACCCAAGAAUGAGGAGGAAGACGAACUUGAAGCAGAAGAACAUGAUGAAGAGGAAAACGACGACACUGAAAGUCUAUUUUGA